CGGGAGCCAUAUUGGCAGCGGACUCUCAGGGAGCGUCGGGGGUUUCCUUCUGCAGGUGAAACGGUCCGUGGAGACUUCACCGAGUCUUUCCUUCGGAGCUGUGAAGGUCUGCAAACAUGUCUCGAAGAUAUGACUCCAGGACCACUAUAUUUUCUCCAGAAGGUCGCUUGUACCAAGUUGAAUAUGCCAUGGAGGCGAUCGGACAUGCAGGCACCUGUUUGGGAAUUUUAGCCAACGAUGGUGUUUUGCUUGCGGCAGAGCGGCGCAACAUCCACAAGCUUCUCGACGAAGUCUUUUUCUCCGAGAAAAUUUAUAAACUCAAUGAGGACAUGGCUUGCAGUGUGGCAGGCAUCACUUCCGAUGCUAACGUCCUAACCAAUGAACUGAGGCUCAUUGCUCAAAGAUAUUUAUUACAGUAUCAGGAGCCAAUUCCUUGUGAGCAGCUGGUUACAGCGUUGUGUGACAUUAAACAGGCUUAUACACAGUUUGGAGGAAAGCGUCCCUUUGGUGUUUCGCUGCUGUACAUUGGCUGGGACAAGCACUACGGCUUUCAGCUCUAUCAGAGCGACCCCAGCGGGAAUUACGGGGGAUGGAAAGCCACAUGCAUUGGAAAUAAUAGUGCCGCGGCUGUGUCCAUGUUAAAACAAGAUUACAAAGAAGGAGAAAUGACUCUGAAGUCAGCACUUGCUCUAGCUGUCAAAGUCCUCAAUAAGACCAUGGAUGUUAGCAAGCUCUCUGCUGAAAAAGUGGAAAUUGCCACACUAACGAGAGAGAACGGAAAGACGGUCAUCAGAGUUCUCAAACAGAAGGAAGUGGAGCAGUUGAUCAAAAAACACGAGGAAGAAGAAGCUAAGGCGGAGCGUGAGAAGAAAGAAAAAGAACAGAAAGAAAAGGACAAGUAGAAGACAAAAUUGGGGAUUUUAUAACUCUUGGGCACCAUGUCAGUGUGAAAGCUGUCUCCUUCCACACUGAGGAAGUGUUGGCUUUUUUAACCUGGAUGGUGGGAAAGUAACCUGGAUGAUUGGGUCCUCGAUAGUUCUGUUCAGUUGGAUGAUUGCUCUUCAUGGACCUUUUAAUCCCCCCUUUCUCCUUUUUGGGAAUAAAACUUGGAAAGAAUGGAAA